GACAGCCUCAUAUCAAAAACAAGCAGCUAAGUUGCGUUAGCUCGCUCCCUGUCUCACAGCAGACAGUUGGCCCGCAGCCGGCGGAUCGUCACUGCAACUUUUGGGAAGCAACUUUUAGAACAACACGAGUUGUUUUCACUUAGUUGGACAGACCGACUUCCCCCCCCAAACGUCAUGGCGUGUGGAGCCACCCUGAAGAGGACCAUGGAUUUCGAUCCGCUGAUGAGUCCUACGUCCCCUAAACGACGAAGAUGCAUCCCCGUGACCCCGUCUUCCUCCUCCUCAUCCCCUAGGAAGUAUCUAAGCAUGGAGCCCUCGCCAUUUGGGGAGUCGUCGUCCACACUUAGUGCAGAACAAAUCCUCAACAGCAUCAAGCAGGAGUACAAACGCAUACAAAAGAGGAAGCAUCUAGAUGGAGGCUACCAACAGUCAGAGUGCUGCUAUUCUCCAGAGUCCCCAUCCCAGUCGUCUACUAUGAAUGUUUCCAGCAUGCCAGGAACGUCCUCUGGAGGCAUUUCUCCUACUAGAAAAGAACAGCCAUUAUUCACCCUCAGACAAGUUGGAAUGAUCUGUGAACGCCUGCUGAAAGAAAGGGAAGAGAAGGUGCGGGAGGAAUAUGAGGAGACCAUGACUUCGAAAUUGGCAGAACAAUAUGACACCUUUGUGAAGUUCACACAUGAUCAGCUAAUGCGACGAUUCGGGGAGCAACCUGCAAGCUAUGUUUCCUGAGUGUGGCACAGAAAUCUUUCGCAAGACGGCCUUCUCUUGCUGCAAGCUAUCAUGCGAUAUCUCAAGAAAGGAAAAAAAAAAUGCUCAUCAUUGUAAGAGAUUCAGUUUAGCUAGUUUAAAUGAAACUUUUCUUACUGUGCCAUAUUUCUGUCUUUGGGCAAAGGUUUAUAUGGAGCUGUUGUCAGUUGUUACCACUCUGUUGUAAGCAACAAGGUGCUUCCUAAUGUAAAUUAAUGGACCCUAUCUCUACCAGUGGCCUAUGUUCCUCCUGCUGUACGUGUAUCUACAGUUAUCUCACUUUUGUAAUGAUUCCCAGCAUUCCAGGCUUUGUCACUUGUUUUCUUGUUUGUUACAUGUAAAUAUGAUAAAGCAGUGCAGUUUUACUAAGGUUUGCUGGUCAAUCUGAGAGAAAGGGGAAGAAACACAGUUGAACAGAGAGAAUAUGUUUGCAGUUUGUCCUCUGUUCAUUGCUUUUUAAAUUCAGCAUAAAGUGGGUUAAAUUUGACUUUUUUUUUUUUUUUUGUUCUCCCUACCAGUGUUUUAUUUAUUUUUGACUCUUUUUGUUUUACUGGUAUAACUUUGAAACCAAUGUACUUAUUGGACAAAACAAUAAAAAUCUUUUAAGAGUUGAGAACUGUUCUGAUGCAUGUUAAGACGUUUCUAUUGUACUGUUAUGAUGAACUAAUAUCCUUAAGUAUUUAAAAAAACAACACUCUUGGCUCGAGUAAAGUCAGUUAGACCAAGAAAUCCUGAUCCUCUCAAAGAAUUGUCGAGGUCGCAGGCUUUUCCCUGAAGAUGGUACUUUGGUGAAUUAUUGCCCCCAAACCUGAUGUCAACUAUGACUCCUGCAAAGCUUGUGUACCCUUGUUUAUUUUUUCUUUAUUCAUUGUAUUUUAUGAAAAAAAAAUCCUGGCUUUAUUGGUUUCUUUGAAUUAACUGUAUACUAUGCAUCUGUAUUUGAGCUGUGCCUUCAGUAUAGCAACAUAUUGGCUCAACCAGACAUUCUUAUCGCUGCAGAUACAACUACAAAUGUUUGUUGGAACAUCCAGCAUCUGAUUGUACUCUCUCAUGAUAGGGGUACAGUAUGUGUAUGUUUUUCCUUAAUACACAGCUAUGAAUAAAAAAAUAAACAUGUCCAUGA